UAAUUAUGAAUUCCAUUAAGAUGUGAACACAUUGAUUUAUCAAUAAUGUCACCUGUAAAGUUGUGUACACAAUAUUUUUUUUAACACCCUUUACGUAAAAGUAGUGAGGUCUCUAAGUGUUUUCCUAUUAUGCCAAUAUAAAACUAAUCAGGUAGUACACUACACAUCUAGUUGGACUUUAGAUUUCUGUGUAACCUCUCGCUCUAGAUAAACUUAAACAUGUAUAAAUUAAUUCCUUUUGCAAUUCUACUUCUCUUAAGUGCCGUCAUAAAAGUUGAUAGCUUACAAUGCUACGUAUGUGAUAAAUGUUCUGAAGUAAAAGCCGAACAGUUGGUGACAUGCGGAUCGACAACUACUACUAGUACUACUACGGCUAGACCUGGCACUGGUUCAACGGAAUCUACAGUUUCAACAGGAUCAACAGGAUCGACAGAAUCAACAGGAUCAACGGGAUCAACAGGAUCAAUAGGAUCAACAGGAUCAACGGGAUCAACGGGAUCAACGGGAUCAACGGGAUCAACGGGAUCAACGGGAUCAACAGGAUCUACCGAAUCUUCAAGUACAACAUCACCUACAGGAGAAACAAGCACUGUAUCUUCCACUUCUUCAUCCACUACUGUGUCAAGCACUGUGUCUCUAUCAAGCGAAUCUACUACUACGGCAGCUGUUGCGAAAAUAGCCUCACCUACUAAAUCUGAAGAACUUUCAAUCCAAGCCAACCGUGUAAAACGGGAACUUGUCAAAGUCCAAGAAAGAGCGACUGAAUAUGCCUGUCUUACUAUCACGCAUGAAGAUAAAUCCAUAGACAGACGCUGUGCUGUGGACGAUGGCAAAGUAUGUGAGAUUAGUAUUGCGAAUGCUACCUGCGUACAUUGCAACACUGACAAAUGCAAUAGCGCUGUUUCAACUCAGUUGUCUGCCAUCUUGAUUCUAGCCGCCGCCAUUUUGAAAUCAGUUUACUAAAAGUGACGUACAAUAAAUUGAUCUAGAAAAUUUUGUA